AUUCAGGAGGGUUGGCCGAGUGGUCUAAGGCGGCAGACUUAAGAUCUGUUGGAGAGUUCUCCGCGCGAGUUCGAACCUCGCAUCCUUCAUUAUUUUUGGUGAGUUAAUUUAUCUUGGACGAGUUCUGACACCAUCCCGCGACACAAGCCUGGCUCGAUCCUUUUAUCAAGGCCACUAAUAGUAAUUGACUGGGAACUUAUAUACAGUAGCGAGGUUAGGAAUAGAAUGUAGACAACGUCGAUACCAGCUUGAGAUAAAUCCGAAAUCCAUUGAAAUACUGCAUAGACUCGAUGUUCACUUCAUCAUGACACGUACAUAUCUUAACAAUAAAACAUGUACAAUUCUUGAUUUGCCGAGCAUAUUUGUUUAAAGGUGUUCAAAUACCGAAGGAUCAACUGAAAACCUGAGAUUUACAACAUGGAUAUUUUAGGGAUUAAAGUUGCCCCUUUUCUCAAAGUCAUCUUAUGCAACACGAAUCUAGAAAAUGGACCCCCAAGACCUCGAACCCCAAACCACAACAUUCCAUUGUAUUACAGCUUCCCAGGCGCUUUCAUCCACAUCAGCCGUGCAUAGUAUAUUGGCAUCGGCCCCUAAAGCGGUAAAGUAAUUAGUAUAAUUAGUCGGGUCCACGAGUCGAUAGCUUAGUCGAUGGCUGUGGACCCGAAUUCUCUCGUAUCGC